CUCAUCUUGGUAUUAUCCGGAAGCUCUCAAUAUCAAAUGUAGUCUUCACGCAUUCACAAUCAUGCAAAGUGAUUACGAAUUGCCUCGAAGCUAACGCCGGUGAAGCACGAUUGGCAAUGCACAUCAAACAUCCAAGCCAGAUUCACCCUUGUGCAACCCUGCAUGCUUACAUCCCCGCACAGCCCCGUCAUACUCUGCCCAUCAGUCCAUCCCUCCACAACCCACAACUGCGCUUGAAAACAACAAAAAAUUCCAAGAAGAUCAGCAAUCAGAACCAUCAUCGCAAUGCCGCACUCCCCAACCCGGACCCUCGCGCGCUACAUCGCGCUAUCCCUCAUCCUCACGCUUCAGGUCACCCACUUCACCCUGCAAACGGUCGACCGCUGGUCCGCGCCGCGCAAACCGAACGCCAAGCUCAGGACGGCCGCGAAAUUCAACGAACUGGCCUUCAUAAGCGUAACAUGCUCGCGCAUCGUGGUGCAGGAGUUCGAUGUCAAGCUUGGCAGGCAUGUGAUUCGCGGUUUCGGCAUCGAGGCCCUGCUGUGCAGUAUUGCGCUGUGGAGUGCGGCGUGUGUGCUGUAUGACGGGCUUGUUACGCCGGACAGCGUGGUUAGUUUUGUGCAGUUGUUAGUUGUGGAUGUGGUGAUGUGGACGGAUAUGCUGUCGCGUGCUAUAGGAUUGGUUGAGCGGGAGGUGGGGUAUCAGACUAUGGCGGGGGAUGAGAAGAGUCAUUUGGGGGACGAGGAGAUGGAGGGGAAGAUAGAGGGGAAGAUGGAGGGGAAGAUGGAGGGAAAGAUGAGUGAGAAGGUGGAGGGCAAGAUGGAGGUCUAGGCCAAGACUCAGAUGGACGCGGAGUCAAGGCCUUAGCCUAGCUGAAGGAUCGAUGCUUUUGUGUUCUCGAAGGUGAUCGAACAAGCGCGAGGCAAACCGAGAAGACUGGGCUGCGAGUUUACAUGACAACCUGCAGAAUUAGCAGGCGCCCACAUUAAAUGGAGGAAGGAGCGCGGGUGCACAUCUGUACGAAGAUUGAAGUGUGAAAUCUGGUAUUGAUGCAUCCUCAAAAAUCUAGACUCAUGCCAGUCAUGGAUAUUUGACUGCAAGUCUGCCCCGUACGCCAUAA